AGAACAUGAACUUUGAUUACUAGUGGGUUACUUUGGCGGUGCCUUUCAUUUUCCGUUGUAGACAACUGAGGUCAUGAAUAUACUUUUGCUGCGACUGAACGCUCUCAGUUUCGCCCGAUUAUGUGCGAACGUGAACCCUGGAGCUGGACCCCCGCGAUUUCCGGCAUUCAUCCACGAUUCGACGAUCAUGGGACGUCACGUUCAAAUGGACGUGGCUGACUUGCUUCAAAGUAUAAUCUCUAUCCUGCAAAAGAUCGAACGGCAAGCGCGGGAAGUGCGCCACCAGACUGCAGAGUGCCUCCUCGUCGCCGCUCGCGCCCGGCGCCUGCUGGAGGAGGUAACCGCGCUCCUGUCGGACGAAACAAGAUGCAAGUCCUUCCUUUCCCGAGCUUGCGAGAGCUGUUCCUAGGGCAUAUCGACGUGUGCUCGACGAGCUGGCGUUUGUUGGAAAAUCCGGCAGUGGGCGGUUUGGAUCUACGGAUACGGGCAAGGCGGUGGAGCAUGCGAAUGAGCAGAUCGAUCUUGUUAGCAUAAUUUGGAGGGUGAGUUUUGAUGAUAGGGAAUGACCUGGCCGAUGCUGAACUCUGCUGGUACAGCUGGAGCCGGACCAGUCCAAGGAGGCGGCGACGGUGGUGCCUGUCGUCCCUAAGCAACUUUCCAAAAACGAGUACGUUCGCGUCCUUCCUCGCCCAUUAUUGGCCUUGAUGAGGUUCCAGACUUCUUGCACAACGAGCCGCUGAGCUUGAAGGCCCCGCCUCUACCUACGUAAAGGAUCAUCUCUGGAUAGCCUACGGGCUCUCGCAAGCCGAUGCGUACAAGGCUGCCGAAUCUCAACUUCAGACCGCCUUCAACAUGUACAACAAAGCUGCAUCGAACGGGCUGCAAACCUUCGGCGUCGCGCGCUGCCAGCUUCGCCUUGGCCAGAUCGCGCUCAAGCGACGCGAGGUCCCCUCUGCGAUCUCCCACUUUGGAGAGGCGAGAGGUAUCUUCCAGGCGUUCAAAUUCGAUCCCGGAACGGCAGAGGCACUCGAAGGGCUGGCAUUUGCGGAUUGGCUGAGGUACAAGCUGCCGGAGGCCAGAAAGCACGCCGAGUGGUCGCUUAAGUUGAGAGAGGCGCAGCCCGACCAACUCGUCAUCUCACGCAGUUUGAUGCUGCUCGGAGACUUAGACAACACUGAGUUCCAUGUUCAGGAGGCCGAAGCACGGUAUACUCGAGCGUUGGAGAUUAGGCGGGGGCUCGCAACUGAGCGUCCGCUUGCCGAAUGCCUCGAUAGCCUGAGCAAACUGUAUGCUGGAAGAGGCGAGCUGGAUCGAGCGGAGCUGAUGCUUAAGGAGUCAUUGAAGCUGAAGACCGACGUGGACGACGAGAUCGGCUGCGCUGUGACGCAAUUCUCGCUUGCUAAGAUCGCCUGCCGCAGAAAUCAGAUUCCCGAUGGGAUACAGUCUAUGGAGAAGGUCCUAGCGGCUGCCCGGGAGGAAGGCAACAAAGAACUCUCAGGUUCUGUUCUGCUCUUUCUUGGAUUCGUCAAUCGACAACUGGGGAAAACAGAACUCGCCAGAAAUCACCUUGAGGAAGGAACGAAGAUUUUCCUCGAGGAACUCGGCCAUCUCAAACUGCUCAAGUUGAUGGCAGUCGCUGGAUUGACGAUCCUUGCCAGCAUUGAUGUGAAGGAAAAUAGGCUCACUAAGGCGGAAAAGUGGAUCCACCUAGCUCAGGAUUUGGCCGACAACACACGCUCCAAACCCGCACUGCAAGCCGUGUACGCUGUACGGUUGGAGUUGUGUUCUGCACAAGGGAAUCACCGAGAAGUCGAGAAGAUGGAGAAGAAAAUAGAGCAGCUCAAGCAGGAGACCGGCAACGUGCUGAUAGAGUUUUCGCUACGAUCGUUCCUGCGUACUUUCGGGUGGUUCUAAUAUUGCACCGUCCGGUUGUCGGCGGAGAUUGUACAUACCACUGUCCUUCGAAUCAUGUUUCGCCAAUGGAUAACUGCCCAAUAAUGCCGAGUCAUAUGGGCGUUCGAUAAGGCGGCCUAGGCCGCUCAACCAUUGUCACGUGAACUAUCUCAACAGGCGCAUCGCAAAAUCACACGACCCUCAAGCCUGUAACUCGAGGAAAUCCAAGCCAUCUCUAGCCGGAUAUGCCACCCGACUCCCCGAUGAACGCGCUCUCAAAGUCACUGGCUGUAUAUGUGUCAAACGCAACUGCCUGUUCCGAACAACCACCGCGUUCCUUGAAGAUGGUUCAAGCCGGAUGUACCCCGUAUCCCACCUUGGGUGAUUCGGUCUU